GUAGGAAGCGAGUAUUACACUGGAGGACCAACCACGGCAAAAGUUGACAGACCGCGGAUUCAGAUGGAUCUGGUUUCGAUGGUUAGUCGCAGGGUCGCAGCUUGGCAUCUAGGGCGCCCUAAGGACCCAAGUGAAUACUGUAACUAAUCUGGGUAAAUCACUGCGUUGCGUGCAGGCGGUUUGUUGUUACUGUCUGCCCACGAGCAAAAUCAAUUGGGCGAGAAAAUUCAUCACCAUAAGCUUGUGUAACAUGUCUAUUAAGCUUUAGUAUGCGUUUAGGCCAGAGCCAAAUGGCAGCUCACCUGAGCUGUGCGACGCCUUGCGUUGUUGGCAAGAGUGACCAACAACGGAAACGGCGCCUACUAUCGCAGCCAUGCGGUCCCGCCCAGCUCGAGGUUGGGGUUGGAGCCCAUGCUCCCACCCCUGGUAACAGCUCUCCCAAGAAGCCGCUAACGCCUGCUGUAGCAGCAUUGCUACAGAACGUGCAACGCCACGGGUCCCUGCUGCAGCAAUGUUGUGUCAAUCUUCGGCCGCUAUGGCAAAUGGACCCUGCUGCAUUUGGCUCACCCAAAGCGACAUCUGGCUCGUCCGGGGAUAUGCAACCUGAGCCGGGGAUGCCUCAUGGGACUGCUAGUAAUGCUGCUGAACAAACGGAGCCAAGGGAAGGGGAGGGAAGUGGCCUGGGUACCCUUGCUGACUACUUGAUUACUACCCAAGCGCGGGGUGGUAGAAUUCAGUGGCGUCCGGAAGACUUGAAGAUCAUGCUGAACCACCUGACCUCGCUGACACCAGGCAGCAGCAGUGUCGAAACUAAGCAAGCCAUGAAGAAGCUAGGAAUUGCGCACCUACCUGACCCAAGCUGGAAGCUCCAUACCGCUGUAGUGUCGAAGCUGCGCACGCUGCGUAACAUGCUUGCACACGGCUGGAAUCCUCUAGGAGGACUGACCUUGCCUAGGGCUCCCCGUGGAACCUACAACUUCAGGGCCUGGUUGCGUCACGCUCUCCUCACGCUGCCCAACCGUGAGGGUACUUUGCUGGAAGCUGCAGCGGUCCUUGAGGCAGAUCCUGAUAUCGCCCCCAAGUUGGACAGGAGGCCUGAUCGUCGCUUCCAUGACACCCCUAUGUGGCACCGCAACCUUCGCUUCGCAGCGACAAGUCAUCCGGAAUUUGUUGACAUCGCGCGGCGGGGCAAGGCUGCAGUGUACCGCUACGAUGAGGAGGUUGCCCGGCAGCAGGACGCGCACACCAAGCCGCCCAAGGUGCCCAAGCGCCGGGUGCCGCACCUGGGAGUGCACGGCGGGGGCAACUGAGGAGAAGUGGGCAAGGACCGGGGACGCCCAGCUAUGCCAUGGGGCGUCUUAGCAGCGGGUGCCGUACAUGGACAGACCAUGCACGGCAUGCAGUCAUGAGGAGGAUGGGCGCUUUGGGACCCAGGGAGGGAGGCUUCCUUCCGUCCUUUGACUAAUCCUAGCGGCUCAGGCGGCCGUUACUAAGAUUGUGUCGCGAUCGGUGUGUGGCUUGGUUUUCGCUGUCCUGCUGUAUAAGGCC